AUGGUGUCGACAUUCUCGACGCUUCUGACGAUCCUUCUGGUGGUCUGCCAGGCAGGUCUGAUCCUGGCUUCACCGUCGCCCUCGUGGCCUCAACAACCUCUCGACGCGCAGGAUAGUCGCCCGCACCACAAGAGUAUAUCCAACCACUUCUUCACCGCCCUCGAACGCUUAUCACGACUUGUCGAUAUAGCCUAUUGUGUUGGAACCACCGGCCUCUCUAGACCUUUUGAGUGCGCCUCACGCUGCAAGGACUUCCCAACGUUACAGCUGGUUACAACUUGGAACACGGGGGUCUUGAUGAGCGAUAGCUGCGGCUAUAUAGCGGUCGACCAUGGCGCAAAGCUAGGGUCCAAACAGAACACGGAGCUGUAUGGAAAUGACAAGCAGGGUGCCAUCAUUGUUGCCUUUCGAGGAACCUACAGCAUCACGAACACCGUGGUGGAUCUGAGUACGAUUCCACAGGAAUACGUUCCAUACCCAUCCCCGGAAGACGGAGGCGACAGCCCCCCAAAAGAGCCUGAGCACAGGUGUCAUAAUUGUACUGUGCACAUGGGUUUCUUGUCAUCCUGGACUGUCGCGCGGGAAGCUGUUUUGCCUACUCUCAAGCCGCUGGUCGCUCAAUAUCCCAACUACCCCAUUUACCUCAUCGGGCACAGUCUAGGAGGCGCUGUAGCUGCGUUGGCUGCUCUGGAAAUGAAGGUGAUUCUGGGGUGGCAUAAUAUCACGGUGACCACAUUUGGAGAGCCCAGGGUGGGUAACGGUGGCUUUGUGCGAUAUCUGGACACCGUCUUCGAACUCAAAGACAAUGCAACAGAACCGGAGGAUUGGACAUACCGACGGCUCACCCAUGUCGACGAUCCCGUACCCCUUCUACCGCUCCAUGACUGGGGCUACAGAUCGCAUGCUGGCGAGAUUUUCAUCUCCAAACCCGACUUGGCUCCUGUACCUGAGGAUAUCUGGCCUUGUGUAGGCGAUUAUGACCCAGAGUGUGCUGCGGGAUCCGAGGGUGAGACUGAGCUCUCGAGAAUUGCUCGGGACGAACUUCUUGCUCUGAAGGAAGAAGAUGGAGAGAUGCGUGCAGAGAAGCGAUGGGGUUUUCCAACAAGAUUCAAGCUCUGGCAGCUUUUCUUUGCACAUCGAGACUAUUUUUGGCGCUUGGGCUUGUGUGUGCCGGGAGGAGACCCUUUCGACUGGGGUCGCGGCAGGUAUCCUGACGGAAAGCAAACGGAAUUGUAG